AUGUAUUGUUAUUUAUUAUUAUUAUCAUUAUUAUUAUUAUUAUUAUUAUUAUUACUAUUACUAUUAUUUCAGUUACUCGCAAAGAGUAUUAUAAAACCAGGCUUCGAGAAAAUCUAUGCAGAAGGACAUAAACCACUAUCGAAGAGGGCAGAGUGGCGACUCAGGAAGGCCGAGCGUGAGAGUACCAAAGGUGCCGAAUGGUACGGCAUGCCGGCGACAGAGUUGACAGAAGAGCACCAAAGGGAUUUGCAAAUUCUGCAGAUGCGAGACGCUUUGGAUACGAAAACGCAUUAUAAACGAAACGAUCGGAGCGUUUUGCCAAAAUAUUUCGAGGUCGGUACCAUAAUCGAAAACAAGGCUGACUUCUAUUCUGCGCGUCUCAGCAAAAAGCAACGCAAACGCACAAUAGUUGAAGAGCUGAUGGCCGAUCAGGAAUUCCAGUCGAAACAACGCAAAAAAUACGACGAAAUAAUGGCCGCAGAGCACGUGACUAGACGGGGUGCAUUCCGUCGCGGGGGGUACCCCGCCAAACGGGGGCACCACAAAUCAAGGAGGGGGUCUGUAAAAUCGGAAAAAUUUAACGGAACCACUAAAAAUUAA